GUGUUGUAUUACUCUAUUUCCAUACCCCAUCUACGCACCUGUUGCGAAUAACUUACCAGUUCUUAUUCUCCCCCUCAAUGUCAUAUUUUAGUCGGACGUCCUCUUCUUUUUUUCUAUAUCUAGCUAUUAAGAUAAUAGUUUCUCCCAUGCAUUAGAGGACGAGCAAGGUCACCGAAGAUGCCGCGAUACUCUCCAUUGCCUACGAGCCUCCAACGGUCUCGCUCGGUUAAUAGCGUCGCUGCAUCUGAUUCUACAUAUCACAGCUUCCAUGAUAUUGAACUGUAUGAGCCUUCAGCAGCAUCUCCCACUGCCGAGAGACGGUUGCCUUCACGCAAGGAGGACACGUUCGAGUUCAAGCCUAUACUUCGCCAUGAUUCGGGCUAUGAGUCCAUACACCCAAAGACCAGGUCUACCGCAUCUUCUCAGCGACGCAAUUCUAGCAUGUCCACCACUUCCUCCCAUUCUCGUCCACGAACACGGCCAUCCAUGCGUCGUGCGGCAAAAUCCAGUCCGAUCGCAAACCCAAAGCGUCUCAGUGCGCAGCCUCUGCACUUAACAAAUUCGCAGCAGCAACCAACCACGUACUACUACUUUCCACCGCCGGAGUCACUCUCCGGAAGCCUUGGCGAGGAUGAAGAAGAGCACGAUGCGGAGCGUUCGUAUCCCCCACCGCCGCAAACAACGCAUUACUGGACGAGUGACCACACCCGGCGUCUUGAAUACGCUGCUAUCGACGCGGCAAGCCGAGGCGUGAAAGGUUGGUUCAUGAAGCACGUAGUCCCAGACUGCUUUGUGCCAAAAGCGAGCCGACGGGUUGGAUUUGACGACGACUCUGGUAGUGUCAGGCGGUAUCGAUUGGAGCUCGAUAACGACGAGUCUGGAGAAAAGACUGGGAAUGGGGGCAAGAAAAUGGGCUGGCUCCUUGGCCGAUAAUUAACGACGAAUGAAUCACGCGACGGCAAACGAAUUGGAGGAUCAGAUUUUUGCAUCCGCAUGGUCGAGGCGUUGGAUACCCACUUU